AUGAAGAACACUUUUGACAAAAUUCGUUCGAAGAUAGCAAAAUUCAAUGCUAAGGGGGUACAACCAUUCCCCUCCAAUUCUGAACCGAUAACUCCCCAAGAUCCAUCAUCUAUUGGUCUUAAAAUCAUCUAUGAUUCUCCCGAUGCAGCUAUCGACAUCAUAGCCAUUCAUGGUCAAAACGGCCAUCCCACCGAGUCCUGGACAAAUAGGGGUAAUGGAAUACUUUGGCUACGAGAUCUGCUCCCAGGAGUUUUAGAAACAAAUCCAGGCGUAAAGGUUCGGAUUCUUAGUUAUGGAUAUGCUCGUCGUGAUUCCGUUGAGAUUAUCGGCGCUGGAUUAGUGAAGAACAUUAAUGAGUUAAGGAAUGAAACGAAGAGUGAAGGAAGAAAAAUAGUUUGGUGUGCACACAGUUUUGGGGGUCCUUUGCUACGGGCUGCAAUAACCAUCCUUCCUGCCUCUAGGGACAUCCAAGUAUCAACUCACGCCAUUUUAUUUUUUGGGGUAGUAAAAAAUAUGGGAUUAGAAAAUCUGGAUGUGGUGCUUGCAUUGCCAGAAGCUUCUUUGAGCAAGGAGAUGGGAAAUUUGAGGAAAGAGAUGUUGUGGUUGAAGAAUGGGAGUGAAGCUUUUGAUAGCUUAAGUGAGCAAAUGAAUUGGGUGAUUUUGUGGUUUAGGGAGGUAGCGAGUAAGGGAGAGAAGGUUAAAAUUCUGGACAGUGUGGAUGUGAGAGAGGAAAAGAAGGGAGAGGGGUACUGUGAGAGGGAAAUGGUAGUUAAAUUGGAUAAGACGCAUGGUGCUAUGGUAAGAUUCGGGGAUGCUGAGGAUGAAGAUUUUAAGGCUGUGGUGGAGAAGGUAAGGGGGAUGGUUGGAGGAGCGUUGAUAUGA